AUGGCCAAAAGGAAGAGAGAGGGCGAGGGCUCUGCAAAGGCCUCCAAGAAGGUCGCCAUUGACGCACAUGCACCGCAGGCCAAGGUCAUUGCGGCGAAAAACAAGUCCAAAUCCACACAGCAAGAGCUCCUGCUACACUCGACGUCACAUCCGAAUCUCGACUACACAGCCAAGGAGGAAACCUCACGUGGAUCGAAACCGCUGGUCAACCACUAUGUCGGAGUCUACGACCCCAAGACGGGGACGAUGCAGGUCAUCGAGGCGAAGAAGAUGGUUGUCCGCGGCGCAACCAACUUUGAGCGCAGAACCGAAUUGGGCCAGACAUUCGGCACCAGGAAGGCCAAGAAGGCCCUCGCAGACGUCACUCUCAAUGCAAUUGGUCCUGUUCGCAGGGACGCAGACGAACCCGUAAAACCGAUGGACGCCGCAUCCAAGGCCAUGCUCACUUCCGUGGGCUCGAUUACGUCCACCAUGGCGUCAAAAGAGCAACUGCAGGCGGUGGUGGACGAAGCCAAGCCUGUGCCCAAGGCCAACCUCGAUGCAACCGAUAUCCUCGACGUCUACGAUCCGAAUGUUAUCAUUGGCCGGGACAUUCUCAACCAGGUGCCCAUCCGCGAGUGGCAGGAAAAGGCGCAGCACAAGGAGAGUAUCCAGGCUCCAUCGCGGUUCGUGGUGUCCCGCGUGGCACCCAUCGCCAUCAAUGCCGACGCUACGCUCCGCCUACGCGUGUUGCGGUACCUGUGCUUUGUGCUCAUCUUCUACAUGUCGACUAAGCCUGGUCGCGAACGCGGUACGCGGUCCAUCCCGCCGCGGGACAAGCUGCGCGAAGCCCUCGAUCCCGCGCCCGAGGCCGUCGUCGAAUCGAUCCGUCGCAAAUUCUCGGAUGCAGGCACCAUGCGAAAAUUCCACAUGGAUCUGUUGAUGACGCACUGCUGCGUGUUCUCCUGCAUCGUGGACAACUUUGAGUCCGACACGCAGGCAUUGCGAGAUGACCUGCGACUCGACCAGAAGACCAUCAAUGGCUAUUUCCAUGAGAUUGGCGGACGGGUGAAGCCCGUCAAGACAGAGCACGGCACUGCGCAAAUAGGCCGCUUAGCGCUGCCGCUUGAUUUCCCCAAGCAGCGACACUUGGCGCCCAAGAAGCGAUAG